ACCUCCAACACAUCAAAACACAACUUCUUCCUCAGCAUCAACGCCAUCUUCUAUCUUAACCAGCUUCCCCUGCUGGUUUCCGAGUACUCGAUAAAAAGCCUCUCCCAACUUCUCAAUCCCACCUCUCCUAUCGCGUGGCAUCCGCCACUUUCCACGUUCAAGUCGUUUCGCGACAGUCGACUCCAUCAUGGCGUGUCCCAUCACCGUCACCAAAUUCGUUGGAACUGUUUCCCUGGGUAUCCUGACGGGCCUCUCAUAUUCCACAUCCACCAUCACCGUCCCCUCUCUGCAACUCCUCCCUACCUCCGCUAAUGCCGCUCGCUCUCUCAAUGAAGUGAAGCGCCUGAACCGCAAACAUGGCCUGCGCCUCGCCAACCUCACCAACGGCUGCCUCCUGUUCGCGUACUGCAUCUCCCCGAAACAUCGCAAACACCCCUAUCUAGUCUGGAUGUGCGUGACAUCCACCCUGGCCUCGUACGGCGUCGACCUCUUCUUCAACAGACAAAAGGGUUUCGUGGCUUGGAUUCAGAGCGUCGCGCAGGACGUCGGAUGUGGCCGCCUUUGCCGCAAGUCUGCUGCGAAGAAGGAUGAGGAUAUUGUUCUCGUCGAGGCGGAGGAGAAUAAUGUCAAUGGCGAGAUUAUCCAGCAGGAAAUGACCCGUGAGCGUAGACUGAACUGUGCCAGAGCCUGGUUUUCGGGUCUUGGACUUGCUAUGGGAAUCGUGGGACUUUGGGGUGACAAAAAGUGAAUUGCUUUGAAUUACAUGGACUCUUCGGUAUUCAGACAUCUUUCAGUCUGAACUGAGUGCCGUCUGUAGUGGCCAUGGGAAGUGAUUCUGAUCAUGGCCUGUGGAUUCUACACUGACCCCAUGAUGCAGUCACACUGACAUCUCUAUUAUCUUCUAUACUGUCUUUUUUCUAGUUUGUCAUAAUUCCUUUUUGUCAUUUAUGGGCUAUGUAUACUUGAGUCUAUUGCUAGGUAC